AUGGUCAUAGAGCCGAUGCGCUCGGACGAGUAUGAGCGCUGCAUCGACUUGGCUUCGGCCGCCUUCAACACCAACAACCCGAUCAUGAAGCGCGCCGGCCUCUCGGUUGAGGACUACCGUGCGUACGCCCUGCUUAGCUGCUCCAAAGUCAAGAGCGUGGACACGGGCCUCUCUCUUGUCGCGCGCAGCGCGGAUGGCGAGCUUCUCGCUUUCCUCUUCCUGAAGACGUUUGACCCAUACCAGAAGACGUCUGACUUCAAGGAGAUGAUGCGCAAAAGUCGGACCACGGCGGGGCUCAUCGAGCUCGUAUCUGGGCUCUACGACAACGCGAUCAUGUCCAUGCGCAUCGGGUCGAUGGCCACGGGCAAGGCGCUGCACUGUCCCAUGGGCGGCACACUGCCCAGCGUCAACGGGAAGGGGGCCGGCAAGGCGUUGCGCAUGCGUGCCUGCGAGGUGGCGCUGGAGCGUGGCUUCAACACGCUGCUUGUCGAGCCGGCGCACGGAGCGACGCGCCACAUCUGGACGAAGUAUUGCGGCGGCAUAGUGCGCGGCGAGGCGUCGAGCGAGACCUUCGCCUCCAAGGCGGGCGACUUCCCACUCAAAGGGAGCGAGUCGAGCGUCUCGGUCGUCGAGGUGGUGCUGCGCAAGGUGCACCGCGACGCGGCCGUGUACAAGCCCUUCUACCUAGCCAAGAUCGUCGUUCUGAGCGCGGUCAUGUAG